AUGUUUCUGUUUACUUUUAAGGAUGCUCAGCUCCAGCUUGAUGAAGCUCUGCGAGCCAAUGAUGAUAUGAAGGAAAACAAUGCUAUUAUUGAGAGACGCAACAACCUGCUUCAGGCUGAGGUAGAGGAACUCAGAGGUGCAUUAGAGCAAACUGAACGAAGCCGUAAACUUGCUGAGCAAGAGCUGCUGGAUGUUAGCGAGAGGGUGCAGCUGCUGCACUCACAGAACACCAGCCUGAUAAACCAUAAGAAGAAACUGGAGGCAGAUGCAGUCCAGCUUCAAACUGAGGUGGAGGAGGCAGUGCAGGAGUGCAGAAAUGCUGAAGAGAAGGCCAAGAAGGCCAUCACUGAUGCUGCCAUGAUGGCAGAGGAGCUGAAGAAAGAGCAGGACACCAGCGCUCACCUGGAGCGUAUGAAGAAGAACAUGGAGCAAACCAUCAAAGACCUGCAGCACCGUCUGGAUGAAGCUGAGCAGAUCGCCAUGAAGGGAGGCAAGAAGCAGGUGCAGAAGCUCGAGGCCAGGGUCAGGGAGCUCGAGAAUGAAGUGGAAAGUGAACAGAAAAAAGCCAGUGAUGCAAUAAAAGGAGUAAGAAAGUAUGAAAGACGUAUCAAGGAACUUACCUAUCAGACUGAAGAAGACCGCAAGAAUCUAGCACGCCUUCAAGAUUUAGUGGACAAGCUUCAGCUUAAAGUCAAAACGUAUAAGAAAUCUGCAGAGGAGGCUGAGGAGCAGGCCAACAAUAAUCUCACCAAGUUCCGCAAGAUUCAACACGAGCUCGAUGAAGCUGAAGAGAGAGCUGACAUCGCAGAGUCUCAGGUCAACAAGCUACGUGCUAAAAAUCGUGAUGUUGGGGCCAAGAAAGGACUUGAUGAAGAAUAA